GAGAAUCCCACUGUGGUUCUGCUCGGCAAGCAGGCCAUUGACGAUGACAGCAAUCAGACUGGAUCCCUUUUAGCCGGCCUUUUGAAAUGGCCGCAGGCAGGUUGCGCUUCCAAAGUUGAGGUGGAUGAGGGCAAGACGUCCUUGAAAGUCGAGCGGGAGGUAGAUUCGGGCGUCCAAGAGGUUCAGAUCCCUUUGCCCGCAGUCAUCACUGCAGACCUCAGACUGAACGAGCCUCGAAGGUUGGUGAUAAUUCCCCGACAUUUUGUGUGCGUUGGUACUGUCAGUGUGUCAGUGACAGUAUCUUUGAGAUGCAAGGCUAUGCCACACUUCCAAAUCUCAUGA